AUGGGUUUCGUCAACGCGAAGAACAAGGUGCCCGAGCACCAGCGCUUCUACCAGCAAGCCUACAAGGCCCAUACUCGCCUGUGGAAGAUUGGUCACCGAAGCCGUUGGUUCAUGACGCCGUAUCUCAUCGUUCUGUGGGGUGGAUUUGGAGCUACACUGUACGCUGCCGGGCGGAAAAUCACUGGCCACAACACGUGGUUCAGCAAGAACUAG